AUGACAACCCCAAAUUCAGAUGCUGUGAUUGUCGAGGUCGAAGCCCAACUGAAAGACAUUGUUCAAAACCUCUACAAUCUUAUAGUACAAGCGUAUGAUCACCAUGGCAACACGACACAAGAGGCUAUGAAGCGUGAGAUCCAAUCUCUGGUGCAAAACUUAGUAAAGUUAUCGAGGACUGCACCUUCUGUACACAUCGAUAUACCACCUGAGGUCAUGUCAUAUGUCGAGAACUCCAGGAACCCUGACAUUUUCACUCGCGAGUUUGUGGAAACUGUGCAGCGGAUGAAUCAGAUGCUGAACGGCCGCAUCGAUGCAUACCGGAUGUUGCAAGAGCAAUUAGCCUGGCAAGUCUCGAAUGCUAUCCCAGAUCUCAAAGAAGACGUUACCUCUGUGGUGGAAUCUACUGGCGGGAAAUUGCCAGCGUAG